CACACAUUCCGCUCAUUCCUGGCAGUGACAACCGAGUCACAACGAAAACAUUUUGAGGUUUUGAGGAACUCAUCAGCGCUGUAGAAGCUAACGAUAGCAUCAGCUAAAACAAUUUUAUUUUACAGGGGCCAGACUGGUGAGCAAGAGGAGUCUGUCACACAUGGACAGAGAAAACAUAUCGUCCUCUAAAGCAAAAGUGAAAGAAGAUCAACAUCAUCAUUGUUUUUAAACUGCUUCAUUUUAUAAUGCGACAAAACCUCUGAUGAAGCCAUCAAUCUCUACACCGCCAUCCGGGCCGAAACAUGAAUCACAUCUGAAUAUGGCAGAGGAACGCCACAGUGCCAACCUCAAAAGUGUCAGUGGUGUGGACAACAAUGCUUUUGAAAUGGAGGAGGAGAGCGUCUAUGAAAAUGACAUCAAGAGUCAGUAUGAAAAGAUUAAAAGGAGGAAGGGUGUUGGAUCAUACCUGAGUAAAGUUGCCAAGCCGUUCAAUGCCACGGAGAACUACAUGAAAACUCACUCACAGACCUUCAAAUACGUCGUUCUGGGAAUUCUAGGAGCAGGUUACGUGGCGUACUUCAUCGCCGCCUGUGUUUUGGAUUUCCAAAGAGCUACCGCUCUGGUGGUCCUGACUUGUUUGGCAAUUGCCGCAAAGUCAUACGAGUUGUUGGUGACAUACAAAGGAGAAAGCAUCAGUCGGUGUUUCCAACCUGCGGUCAGAUGCUUCCAGUCAAACCUCAGAUGGAUCAAAUGGGUUUUUAUUGCGGCAGCCCUGGUGCUCCUGGUCGUGUGGCUCGCCGUAGACACCAGCAAACGUCCCGAGCAGCUUAUCUCAUUCGGUGGCGUUUGCAUGUUUAUUGUGCUUCUCUUCUUGUUUUCCGCUCACAGGACACAGGUGGCAUGGCGGCCGGUGUUUUGGGGACUUGGCAUACAGUUCUGUCUCGGUCUGUUCAUUAUAAGAACACAACCGGGACUUGUGGCAUUCCAAUGGCUUGGAAAACAAGUGCAGACUUUCCUCGACUACACCAAAGAGGGUUCUUCGUUUGUUUUCGGGGAUCUGAUCGCCAACAUUUUUGCCUUCCAAGCAUUGCCCAUUGUGAUCUUCUUCAGCAGCGUGAUGUCCGUUUUGUACUUUUUGGGGAUCAUGCAGUGGCUCAUUCUAAAGAUCUCAUGGGUUAUGCAGAUAACUAUGGGAACUUCACCCACGGAGACCUUGAGCGUGGCAGGCAACAUAUUUAUUGGGCAGACAGAGGCUCCUCUACUGAUCCGACCCUACCUGAAGGACAUGACCAAAUCAGAGAUCCAUGCGGUGAUGGUGGGGGGGUUCGCCACUAUAGCCGGAAGUGUCAUGGGCGCAUUUAUUUCAUUUGGGAUCGAUGCCUCCUCUCUGAUAUCAGCCUCGGUCAUGGCCGCUCCCUGCGCAAUGGCUUUCUCUAAACUCUCCUAUCCGGAGACUGAGGAAAGUGUCUUCAAGUCAGAUGAGAGUAUAAAGAUCGAUACUGGAGAUGAGCAGAACAUUCUGGAGGCCGCCAGCAGUGGAGCCUCAGCAUCAAUCGGUCUGGUCGCCAACAUUGCGGCAAAUCUCAUUGCCUUCCUCGCCAUCCUUGGUUUCAUAAAUCAGGCUCUAAGUUGGUUCGGAGGGAUGGUGGGACACCCUGAAGUCACGUUUCAGUUGCUUUGCUCUUACGUCUUCAUGCCGGUGGCCUUCAUGAUGGGAAUCCCGUACGAGGAGAGCUUCACUGUUGCAGAACUCAUAGGCAUCAAGCUUUUUCUCAACGAGUUUGUCGCCUACGAGAAACUGUCCGAGCUAAAAGCUAACAGGCUAAGUGGACUGGACGAAGUCGUGGAUGGUACUCGGCAGUGGAUCUCUGUCCGCUCGGAAAUCAUCUCAACAUAUGCUCUGUGUGGAUUUGCCAACUUCAGUUCCCUGGGGAUUGUUAUUGGAGGGCUUUCUUCUAUAUGCCCAACAAAAAGAGGCGACAUCUCGGCCCUGGUGGUGAGAGCCAUGAUCACAGGGACUUGUGUGUCUCUCAUCAACGCCUGCGUUGCUGGGCUCCUUUUUGUGCCCCCGCUUGACUGCGUGGGUCUAUUCAAAGUUUCACCAUUUAAUGCCACAAUUGACCCCAACGUGAAUAUCUGCUGCGACGACCUAUUUCAAAACACCGUAAACAACGGGAACCUCACAUUCAGCGGAUCAUGGGCCACAGCUGCCAACGUCACUCACUAUUUUGCGCGAUGCUGUCAAUGUUGUGGGAUGACGGAUCAGACUGUUUGCUAUUAGAACCUUGCUUAUUCAUGGGGUAUGAACACAAAAGCAUGCUCAAUUUAUGACUGUAAAAUAACUUUACAACUGUGCAAUAUUUUUUACAUAGCGAGAAAUCACCUUUAGUCUAGUCUGGAAAUCAUUCAAAACAAGUAAAUAAAUUUUUAGCUGAAUUUUCCCUGAUGGUUUGCAUAUACUAAAACACGUACAUGUUUGCUCAUGUUUUAAAAAAUAUAAUUGUUUAUGUCUAACCAAGCGGCAAGCUAGCACAUGCGCUCCAGUUAGUGCUUUUUCUGCAAUAGUGAUACAUUGUAAAAAGCGUCCACACACAAUUCAGAAAUUUCGGGGAUGAAGAAAACGCUCUGAGCCAAGCUUAUGACUUACUAUUCUUUUGUUGUGUAUAACGUCUGUUUUUUCAUAACUCAAGUACCAUUAAAUAAUACAGCUUCACCGCUGUCCUUGGUCCUGCACCAGGUGGCUUCAUGCACUUGUGCCUCACCAACACUUCGCCCCUGUUUUUAAUUUCUUUCUAAUCUUGGUAAAACACUUGCAAUCUGUGGCUCUUCUAAAAACAUGUGCACGUAGAAACCAGGAUCUUCCUCAGUCAGGCAUUGAAAAUAAAGUCG